AAUUAAUUUCGUUCUCCAAACAGGGAACAAGAAACCAGAGAGAGAGAGAGAGAGAGAGUCCAAGAUCCGCUCCCCUUCGCUCUUCCACACACACAGAAAGACAGAAGAGAGAAAGAGAGAGAGUUCAGAGAUAGAUGGGGUGCUCUUUUUCGGGGCUGAAUGCAUUAUACGACGCCGUUAACGGAGGGGGAGAUGUGUGGAUCAAUGAGAACAGAUUCAGGAUCGUGAGGCAGCUUGGUGAAGGUGGAUUUGCCUAUGUGUUUUUGGUCAAGGAGGUGGUCAACGCCUCCGCUCCUGCUUCUGGUGGUGGUGCUGUUGCUGGUGGCCUCUCUAAAAAAGUCAAGGACAAAUCCCAUCUCUCUGGUGAUGGAACUUAUGCUAUGAAGAAAGUUCUUAUUCAGAAUAAUGAGCAGUUGGAGUUGGUGCGGGAAGAGAUUCAUGUUUCUUCACUAUUCAAUCACCCCAAUCUGCUUCCGCUUCUUGAUCAUGCUAUUAUUGCAGUCAAGGCUACUCAAGAAGGAUCUUGGAACCAUGAAGCCUAUUUGUUAUUUCCGGUUCACUUGGAUGGAACCUUACUGGACAACUCCACUGCUAUGAAAGCUAAAAAGGAAUUCUUUUCUACCACAGAUGUUCUUCAAAUAUUUCGACAGCUUUGUGCAGGGCUGAAACAUAUGCACAAUUUUGACCCUUCAUAUGCACACAAUGAUGUCAAACCUGGUAAUGUUCUCCUAACACAUAGGCAAGGGAAAUCACCUCUUGCUAUAUUGAUGGAUUUUGGGAGUGCUCGACCUGCAAAAAGGCAAAUUCGAUCUCGCUCAGAGGCACUACAGUUGCAGGAAUGGGCGUCUGAGCAUUGUUCAGCACCUUUCAGAGCUCCUGAGUUGUGGGAUUGCCCCAGCCAUGCAGACAUUGAUGAGAGAACUGAUAUUUGGUCACUAGGAUGCACACUAUAUGCAAUAAUGUAUGGAGUAUCUCCAUUUGAAUACGCACUUGGAGAGUCUGGAGGAAGCCUUCAAUUGGCCAUUGUAAAUGCACAGAUAAAGUGGCCAGCUGGACCCAAACCUCCAUACCCAGAAGCUCUUCAUCAGUUUGUGACAUGGAUGCUUCAACCUCAGGCAGCAGUUCGUCCUCGCAUUGAUGAUAUCAUAAUUCAUGUUGACAAGCUGAUCUCAAAGUUUUCAAAUUGAGAUAAUAAUAUAGAACAAAAGAAAUAUUACAUUGGGAAUGCAGCGGAUGAUUGUGCAGCUCAGCAACUUCCUAUACACCCGCGAUGGUGGAUGUUCAAAAUACUGAAGCGGAACAAAGUAGCAGCAGUUUGUUCAAACGGUUACAGAGAGAUGAUUUCCUUUUUUUGGCAAUAGUUUUGUCAGUUGUGCAGUGGCUUAAUUUUAGUACAUCGUUGUCACAGUUGUAUUUAGUUUUACAAUCUGUAAUUUACGGAACUGGAUUGUCUGUUGCUCACAAAUAUUCAAUGGUUUAGUUCAAGGAUAAUAAAUGGUGACAGAGCAUGGAUGAAGUAAACAAA